AUGGAGUUCUCUGACAAGUCGGAGAAGCUCGUGCCUGAUAACCAGGUCGAAGACGGUCAUGAUGGCAUGCCCGAGGAGGUAUGGGACGAUAUGGUCAAGCACGAACGCACGAUUUUCUACUCCCUCAUGUUCCUCAACGGCUCGGUGCUUUGGGCCUUUUACUCGUGUCUAAGUGCCCAGGACUUCUACGCGCUCGAGUUUGCCGACUCGGGACUGGACUUUUCCUUCCUGACAACGCUUUGCACGUCGUGGCCGAUGGUCAUCGGUCAGGGUGUCCAGAUGAUUUUGGGACUUGACAAGAAGCUGACGCAGGAGUUUCGUGUACGUGCUGGCUACAGCAUUUUCAUCCUCAUGACGUUUCUCAUCAUGGCGUUCAGUGCCAUUGAGUUCUCGAACCCGAAGACAGGGGGCAUCCUCGUGCUCAUUUGCUUUGGCUGCGUUGGCUUUGGCAAUUCGCUCUCAGAAGCUACUUACUACACGAUUGCUGCCCUCUUCCCGGUUCCCAAGUUCUCACAGGCUGUCCAGAUCGGCAACGGGGUUGCUGCGAUCCUCAACAUCUCACUUGCUACCCUACUGCGUCUCGCCGUCGGUGGCGUCCACCAGGCCAAUAACGCUACCAAAGUGGCGUUCUACCUCUUCUUUGGUAUCCUCAUCGUCGUUCUCAUGGCAGCGCUGAUAGUCUACCGCCGGUUGACAAAGCUGCCGAGCGUCAAGUUCUUGCUGGAGCGCAAUGCCGCCUUGACCCAAGAGAAGAACCUCACGCACCAGCAGUGUAUCCGUAAGACCGUGAGCAACCUGUGGCGCAUUUCAACGAUCAUCUGGAUGCCAGCGAUGACUCAAUUCUUCGUCUUCUUUGUCUCGCUGUCAGUGUUUCCCGGCUUCGGUUGCGCUGCCUCUCGAAACCUCAUGCCUCCAUACUCGGACGUCACCCACGUCGUGACGGCAAAUUGGUAUUGCGCCCCCGGCAUUGUCGGCUCAUACAACUACGGCGACUUGUUCGGCCGUCUUUUCACCAGUUCUGCUGCGUACAAGCUCGUGAACAGCCAGUGGUGCUUUGGUCUAUCGAUUUUGCGUCUGGCUUUCAUCCCGCUUUUGCUCAUGGGCAUUGCCGGCACCUCUUUGUAUGCCUUCGGCCAUGACGACAUGACUGCCAUCACGUACAACGUGAUCCUGAAUCUACUCAUUGGGCUGUCGAACGGGUUCCUAUCGACUGUUACAAUGGGCAUUGGCCCUCGGCUCGUCAACCUCGAGGAUCGAGAGUCGAGUGGUGCGAUAAUGGUGUUUUGUCUAUUCCUAGGCAUCGCUGGAGGUUCGACACUCGGCUUCUUCUUCAGCGACCAGGGCUGGCUCGGUCUCUAA